AUGAAUUGGGAAAAAGGGUAGAAGGAAGAUUUAUACAGGAUUUUGGAUUUUUCCAAAGCUAAUGAUUUAGUAGUGUUACCUAUUCUUAUAAAAAUAUUCAAAAGGGAGAAAAUUUAAGACUGUCAAAAAUUUCUCUCUUCAGUUCAAAAUCAAAGGCACGUUGAGUAGGAAAUAUUAAAGUUCGAAAAUUCAUCACUAUUGGACAAGGAAUAGAUGCUUAAUGUUGGAAAGUAUAACCUAAAUAUAAUUACAGAUAUUCUCAAAACAAUUAAGGAUCACUAAUUUAACAAACAGAAUUUCUCUUUAGACGAAUAUGAAGAAAUUAAAUAAGAUAUGAUCAUAAAAAUAUCCUAUGAUAAAAAGAUCAUAGAAUUUUUUAAAUUAUUAAUUCAUCUUUACUGCCUUUGA